GGGCUGCUGCGGCGGCUGCCCGGGCUGCGCCUGGCGCUGGGCGCCCGGCCCCGGCGCCCCUCGCUGGCCGAGCGCCCCGGAGGGUCCCCGCCCCACGGCGCCCGGGGGGACGGCGCCCGCGGGGACGGUGGUGGAGACGGCGGGCGGCAGCAUGAGGGGGGCAGCAAGGCCGGGGAGCCACUGUCAGUUCUGGAGAUCCUGGAGCUCAUCCAGCGGCGGGAGCUGGUGGCGGCCGACGAGCAGAUCAUCGCGCUGGAGGCGGAGUGCGCGGCGGCGGCGGCGGCGGGCGGCGGCGGCGGCGGAGGGGGGACGCGCCAGGCGCGGGACGUGGAGCUGCUCUACGAGGCGCUGCUGGCCCAGCUGUGGGCGGCGGUGGCCGAGGCGGUGCCCGCCGGCCGCCCCUACCCGCCGCUGCGAGCCGCCGUGCGGGUGCUGCAGCAGGAGGAGGAAACCGCCCGCCGGCCCGGCCGCCCGCCGCCCGCCCCGGGUUGUCCCCGGGGCCACCUCCGCCGGCGGUGGCAGGAGGCCGUGGGCCGGGCGGCCGGCGAACGCCUGGCGGCGGCGGCCUCGGGGACGUCGGGGACGUUGCCGGCCCGCCUGGCCGCCCUGGGCGCCCGCCUGGUCGGGGACAUGGGGGCCGUGCGGCGGCACGUGGCGCCCGUCUACCCCGGGGACUUCGGCGCCUUGGGCGUCUACGCCGGCGCCUACCACCGGGCCCUGGCCCAGCAGCUGGGCGCGCUGGCCCGCCGGCCCCUGCCCGCCCCGGACCUCUACGCCCUGCUCGACUGGCACGCCAACGGCUACCCCAGGGAGGUGCUGGGGGACCCCGAGGUGGGGGCCCUGCUGCAGGCGCAGGACCUGGGGCCCCUCCUGGACCCCGAGACUCAGCGGGGCCUCGAGAGCUCCUGCAUCGCUGCCGUGAAGGCGAAGGUGGAGGUGGCCGUGGCGCAGGAGCUGCAGCUCAGCGAGGACACGUGGGCCGAGGAGGCCACCAGCGACGAGCUCGAGGAGGGCCUGGCCACCCGCGUCGUCGGGCUGCUGCGGGCGCACGUGGAGCGGGCGCCCCAGAUCACCCCGGAGUUCGGCAUGGAGAUGGCCCAGAGCCUCCUGGGCGUGCUGGUGGCCUUCCUGCACAGUUUCCAACGCAAGGUGGAGCGGUUCCUGGAGGCUCCCGGCGAUGCCACCGCCCUGGACGGUGCCAACGGCAGGGCCAUCGCCCUGGUCAACUGCUGCCCCCCGUUCAGGGCCUUCGUGGAGCGCCUGGCGCAGUCCGGGCACGCCGAGAGCGAGGAGCCGCGGCGGCAGGCCCACGCCGCCCUCGACAAGGUGACCCGGCUCUGCAACCACGUCCUCACCCAGCGCCUCUUCGAGGACCUCAAGCCCUACUUCCACAAGCUGAUGAAGCGCAAGUGGCUGACGAGCUCGGAGGCCUUCGACACCAUCGUGCUGCUCAUCACCAGCUUCGCCCAGAAGCUGCGCCCGCUGCGCCCCGAGCCCUACCAGGUGCUGGUGAACGAGAUGCACCGGCGGGUGCUCAUCGAGUACGUGCGCCCGCUGCUGCAGGCCCGCCUGGUGUGCACCUCGGCCAAGAUGCGGGCGCGCGUGGCCGCCCGCCUGGGCGACGAGGCCCGCCAGCUCCGCGAGCUCUUCGGGCGCCUGGAUUCGGCGUCACCCUGGCUGGACUCGGCGGUGCCGCGGUUGCGCGAGCUGCUGGUGCUGGAGGACACGCCGUCGCUGCAGAUGGAGGUGGCCGUGCUGGCGCGCGACUUCCCCGACGUGCGGAGGAAGCACGUGGCGGCGGUGCUGGACGUGCGAGGGCUGCGGAGCCAGGCGGCGCGCCAGGAGAUCCUGGCGGUGCUGCGGGACCUGGAGCAGGGCGAGGGCGAGGCGGCGCCGGCGCGCGAGCGCGCCUUCUUCUCCGAGAUCGCCGUGAGCCGCGAGGUGCGCUGCCUGCCCUUCAACCUGCAGCGCCUGGCGCGCCUCUCCCGCCUGCGCCUGCGGCGCCCGCACCCCGCCGAGCGGCGCGCCCAGGCCCGCCUCUGAGCGCGGCGCCGGGGCUGGCUGCGCCGCCGCGGCUGGGUGCAUCGCCGGGGGUGGGUGCAUCGCCUUGCAUG